CAUGGAUGCCUUUCCAUUUGGGUGCUGACAGGGGAGGCAGACAUGCAGAGGUGCCAAGCCGAUUCUGGCUCCGUGCUCUCGCCUGGAGGCUGCUGUGACUUCAGCAUAUUGUGAGCAGGAUUUGAUGGGGAAACGGUCCAGGGGAGCCCCGUGUGAUCCCAGGAGCCAGCGGAGACACUGCGGGCUGCUUUUCAUUCAUCCCGUGAAGAAGCAAGCAGAAUUCUAACAUAUUAGAAAUGAUGUGUGAAGUAAUGCCAACGAUCAAUGAGGACACCCCUAUGAGUCAAAGGGGGUCCCAGAGCAGUGGGUCGGACUCGGAUUCCCACUUUGAACAGUUAAUGGUGAAUAUGCUGGAUGAGCGAGAUCGCCUGCUGGACACCUUGCGGGAAACCCAGGAGAGCCUUGGACUUGCCCAGCAGCGUCUCCAGGAUGUGAUCUAUGAUAGGGACUCCCUCCAGCGACAGCUAAAUUCUGCACUGCCCCAGCUGUCCGCUGUCACUCAGAAGAUAUUUCCUGAGUCACCCGUUACCUCUGGAAGCUGCUGCCAGGAGUUUGCUGCACUUACAAAGGAACUAAAUGCAUGCAGGGAACAGCUGCUUGAGAAAGAAGAAGAGAUUGCAGAACUGAAAGCAGAAAGGAACAAUACCAGACUUUUGUUGGAGCAUUUGGAGUGUCUCGUCUCAAGACACGAACGGUCACUAAGGAUGACAGUGGUAAAACGACAGGCUCAGUCCCCUUCUGGAGUGUCCAGUGAAGUUGAAGUUCUAAAGGCCCUUAAAUCUCUGUUUGAGCACCACAAAGCACUCGAUGAAAAGGUAAGGGAACGGCUGAGGGUUUCUUUAGAAAGAGUCACUGCACUGGAAGAAGAACUAGCUGCUGCCAACCAGGAGAUUGUUGCAUUAAGAGAACAAAAUGCCCACAUACAGAGGAAGAUAGUACCAGGAGAUGGGUCAGAACAGGAAACACUUGAAGGAAUGGAUCAGGGGCAGAAGGUCCACGAUAAGAGGCUUUCCAACGGUUCUAUAGACUCUAAUGAUGAUACCAGUCAGAUGGUGGAACUUCAGGAAUUACUUGAGAAGCAGAAUUAUGAAAUGACUCAAAUGAAAGAACGAUUGACCGCAUUGUCCGCGCGAGUGGGGGAAGUUGAACAGGAAGCCGAAAAUGCAAGAAAGGAUCUUACGAAAACAGAAGAAAUGAAUACUAAAUAUCAAAGGGACAUUAGGGAGGCUAUGGCUCAGAAGGAGGACAUGGAAGAACGAAUUACCACUCUUGAAAAACGCUAUCUCAAUGCACAGAGAGAAGCAACAUCCAUCCAUGAUAUGAAUGACAAGCUGGAAAAUGAACUAGCAAACAAAGAAGCAAUUUUACGUCAGAUGGAAGAGAAAAACCGACAGUUGCAAGAGCGCUUGGAAAUGGCGGAGCAGAAGCUUCAACAGACAAUGAGGAAAGCAGAGACUUUGCCAGAAGUUGAGGCAGAAUUGGCUCAAAGAAUUGCAGCUCUUACAAAGGCUGAAGAAAGGCAUGGUAAUAUUGAAGAAAGAAUGAGGCACCUGGAAGCACAACUGGAAGAGAAGAAUCAAGAACUUCAAAGAGCUCGGCAAAGGGAAAAAAUGAAUGAAGAACACAACAAAAGGCUCUCUGAUACAGUGGACAGACUUCUAACAGAAUCCAACGAACGGCUCCAGUUACAUUUGAAAGAAAGAAUGGCUGCCCUGGAAGACAAGAACAUUUUACUUCAGGACUCAGAAAACUUCAGAAAACAACUGGAAGACUGUCUUCAUGAUAAGGAGAGAUUGGCUGAGGAAAUUGAAAAGCUGAGAAGUGAACUUGACCAGAUAAAGAUACGAACUGGAUCCUUGAUAGAACCAACCCUGACACGGCCUCACCUGGACACAUCUGCAGAGCUGAGAUAUUCAGUAGGCUCACUGGUUGACAGCCAGACUGACUACCGUUCAACAAAAGUUGUCAGGAGACCAAGAAGAGGGAGGACAGGAGUUAGGAGAGAAGAACCAAAGGUGAAAUCCCUUGGGGACCAUGAAUGGAACAGAACACAGCAGAUUGGGGUCCUUGGUAGCCAUCCUUUCGAGAGUGACACUGAGAUGUCUGACAUAGAUGAUGAUGAUCGUGAAACCAUAUUUAGUUCCAUGGAUCUUUUAUCUCCUGGUGGCCAUUCGGAUGCUCAGACUUUAGCAAUGAUGCUCCAAGAACAGCUAGAUGCCAUCAAUAAAGAAAUAAGGCUUAUACAGGAAGAAAAGGAGUCUACAGAGCUGCGUGCAGAAGAAAUAGAAAAUAGAGUUGCCAGUGUCAGCCUUGAGGGGUUAAAUCUGGCCAGAAUGCACCCAGGGACCUCAAUUACUGGCUCGGUGACAGCCUCAUCAUUAGCGAGCUCCUCUCCUCCAAGUGGGCACUCCACACCCAAACUCACACCUCGCAGCCCUGCCAGAGAAAUGGAUCGCAUGGGAGUUAUGACUCUCCCUAGUGAUUUACGGAAGCAUCGAAGAAAGAUUGCAGUUGUGGAAGAAGAUGGUCGCGAAGAUAAAGCUACCAUAAAAUGUGAAACAUCUCCUCCUUCAACACCCCGUGCUCUCAGGAUGACUCAUACCCUACCGUCUUCAUAUCACAACGAUGCCAGAGGGAGUUUGACGGCUUCAUUUGAACCUGAUGUUCUUGGUCUUGGGAGUGGCAACAGCAGCCAGGACUCGCUCCACAAAGCUCCAAAGAAAAAAGGAAUCAAAUCAUCUAUAGGGCGGUUGUUCGGUAAAAAAGAGAAGGCACGGCUCGGACAGCUCAGUAAGGAAUAUGGUCUACAAGGCCAAGGAGGUUUCAUGGACACAGACCCCGGUGCCCAGGAUGCACUAGGAUUAGGCAAACUCGGAACACAAGCAGAGAAAGACAGGAGGCUUAAGAAAAAGCAUGAGCUUCUUGAAGAGGCCAGAAGGAAGGGCCUUCCAUUUGCUCAGUGGGAUGGACCUACAGUGGUAUCCUGGCUGGAGCUAUGGCUUGGAAUGCCAGCUUGGUAUGUGGCAGCUUGUCGUGCCAAUGUUAAAAGUGGAGCCAUUAUGUCUGCGUUAUCUGACACUGAAAUCCAGAGAGAAAUUGGCAUAAGCAAUCCAUUACACCGUUUAAAGCUGCGUCUAGCAAUCCAAGAGAUGGUAUCGUUGACGAGUCCCUCAGCCCCACCAACAUCUAGAACACCAUCAGGUAAUGUCUGGUUGACCCACGAGGAAAUGGAGACUCUUUCAGCUCCUGCCAAAACGGAGUCAGAAGAAGGAAGCUGGGCACAGACAUUGGCCUAUGGCGACAUGAACCAUGAAUGGAUUGGCAAUGAAUGGCUGCCUAGCUUGGGUUUACCUCAAUAUCGAAGUUACUUCAUGGAAUGCCUGGUAGAUGCAAGAAUGUUGGACCAUCUAACAAAGAAAGACCUCAGAGUGCACUUAAAAAUGGUGGAUAGCUUUCAUCGAACAAGUUUGCAGUAUGGAAUAAUGUGUUUAAAAAAGUUAAAUUAUGACAGAAAAGAGCUAGAGCGAAGAAGAGAAGUCAGCCAACAUGAAAUAAAAGAUGUGUUGGUGUGGAGUAACGACCGCGUGAUUCGCUGGAUACAAACAAUAGGUCUCAGAGAUUAUGCAAACAAUAUUUUAGAAAGUGGUGUACAUGGGUCCCUUAUAGCACUGGAUGAUAACUUUGACUACACAAGUUUGGCUCUGUUGCUACAGAUUCCAACACAAAAUACUCAGGCAAGACAAAUCCUAGAGAGAGAGUACAAUAAUUUAUUGGCACUGGGAACUGAAAGACGUCUUGAUGAGACUGAUGACAAAAAUUUUAGACGUGGGCCCUCUUGGAGGAGGCAGUUUCCACCACGUGAAGUCCAUGGAAUCAGCAUGAUGCCCGGUUCUUCUGAAACCCUGCCAGCGGGAUUCAGAUUAACAACAACAUCCGGGCACUCGCGAAAAAUGACAACAGAUGGAGUGGCACCUUCAGGAAUGCAAAGGUUGGACAGCUCAACAGUUCGGACAUACUCAUGUUGACAACACUCAACAGGAACGAAGCAUUGAGUUGCUGUGUGUCAUCUUAUCUACCUGAAGUGCACUACCUAGCGAAGCUGCAGUGUGAGAACACCUCGAAGAUGCCCAGGAGGGCAGAAUGAGCACUGAUUUACAAAACAAAAAUGUGAAACUAUUUUUGUGUACUACAUUAACAUAUAGUUAGCUUAAAAAGCAAGAGAUCAAACUACUAAUAUCGGUAUCAACGGCUUCCUUUCACAGUUAAAGUUCCAAGUAUGAACAGCCAAAUGAUAUGGAUCAAUCAUUUUUAUGUUCCGUUUCAUGUUUUCCUGUAAUAUACUAGAAAUAUUUAAGUAUUUAAUGUGUAUUUAUUUUAUGAAGUGUAAGUCAUUUAUUUAACGAUGUGUAAAUGGUUAUAAAUAUGAUUUUUAUUAAAAAAAAAAAAAGAAAAUAUAAAAGCCGAAAGUUCAUCGAGUCUGUGUUGGGAGUUCUGACAGUAGGUGUUGGUAAUGUUUGUACCUUUCCAUUUCACUGUUUUUACAGUUUUCUGGAUUGUAACAGUCAAACUAGUAUGUUUAGCAAAAUUAGGCGCUUUGAAAUGUUUGUACUAUGUUUACCACUUGGCCUCUGGUUGUGUAUAGUAAUGGUGUGAUCUGGAAAUGGAAGCUUGAACGGACAUUUAAACUAACCAGAUACAUUGUAAAACUAUUUCAGAGAAGCACUGUGAUGGCUCUUUAAAUAAUGAACUGUUUACAUACAUCGACAGCAAUCACAGCAAGCAAAACAAUCUUUGUAAAAUAAAAAUCAUUAAAUUCUAUAACCUUGUGGACCAAGAAAA